UACUAUAGAUAUAUGAUGCAUUAAAAUAAUAACACGUUGUUUUGAAUGUUUAUAUGCAAGAAACUCAAUUUAAACAACUUUUUGUAAUGUACUUAUUAGCUAGUUGCGAAGUAAACGGUACACUUUUUUAGAAAUUUAUUAUGUAUUUGAAAUUUCAAAUCUUGUUCGAAUGACCUCCAGGCGAACCAAUUUACCGAUUCAUAGCGAAUGUUUGUGUACCUUUAUCGGCAGUCAGUUAAAGAUUUUCGAACGGAUAUAAUACGGAGAAGUUUCAGACCACCGAAAAUGUUACUCAGAGUAUAUUCUCUUUUUAUUCUAAUGUGUGAUCUUAUAACACUUUUUGCCAAGAUCAAUUAUGAAAUUUUAAUUGCAAUAUAUGGAACAAUCUGCCCUCCACCACAGAAAAAAGUGUUUAGAGAAGUUGCAGUGGUUGUUGGUGGUGGACAUGGAAUAGGCAAAGAACUGGCAUUUCUUUUAAGUAAAUGGGGUGUCAAUGUUGCUUGUAUAGAUACAGUAGAUGGUCAUAUCAUCCCGGAUGAAUACGCAUUAGGUGAAAUAAGACCAUAUAUUUGCAAUAUCACUAAUAAGGAACGUUUGAUCAAUACUGUGGCAAGCAUUCAAGCAAGAUUUGGUGAUAUUACAAUGCUUUUUUAUUGUUCUAUACCAAGUCCUGCAUCCUUGCUUCAAAAUAAUCCUGACCCUGACGUAACUCACACAAUCAACUUAACAAUUAUUAGCUACUUUUGGUUACUGGAAAAAAUUCUGCCUUCAAUGAAAUCAAAAAAUAAGGGUCACAUAGUAUUUCUGUCUUCUGUGGCUGGUCUAUCGAGUGCUACUACUGAGCACUCGAGCAGAGUCUUACUAUCUGCUGCACAGUUUGCUAUUCAAGGACUAGCUGAAUCACUUCAUACUGAAUUAAGACAUUCUAAUUGUGACGUUAUAGUUACAUUAGUCCAUAUUUAUCCAUUUAUUAUAGAUGCAGAAUCAGCUAGAGAUAUUCGUUCUAGAAUACCGAGUUUUCUGGGCACAAUGCCUGCCGCGGAAGCGGCUCAGAAAAUUUUAGAUGGAGUCCGUCGAAAUUAUGUGGAGUUCAGCAUACCUGGGUAUCUGUUGUAUUUGAAACACAUCCUCAGAAUACUUCCAAAAUCGGCAUCGUUCAUGUUGCGCGACUUCUUAGAUACUGGAGUUGAUUUUGGAUAAUGUUCGAUUGUUUCUGCAUUAUAGGGUAAUUUACGUAAGAAGUCUCAAAUUUGUAUAAGAAAAUUUUUAUUUUUGUUUUUACAUCAUUCGAUUUUCAAAGUGCCUUUCAGUAACGUAACUUUUAGUAACUUCCGUUUUGUAAUUCAGUGUCAUAUACGCGAAUAUUUACAUGGAAUAAAGAUGUCGUAUGUAAGACACACAUGCGAAUUAAUUACGAGUCAACAGGAUAAUUCACUAAUCGAUGCAGUAAACAGACACGCA